ACAACAACUAUUGUUAGAUCCACCCGCCCGCUCAGCCACUCCACCUUCUUCUGCUCUUCUCUGCCUUUGUUUUGCUUUGCUAAGCUUGGGGGUUUGGGCGGCUGCUGCUGCGCAAUGCGGUGACGGUGAGGUGGGGAAAGGGGAGAGGAGAUGGGGUGCGCGCAGUCGCGGAUCGAGAACGAGGAGGCGGUGGCGCGGUGCAAGGAGCGGCGGCAGCUGAUGAAGGCGGCCGUGGCGGCGAGGAACGCCUUCGCGGCCGCGCACUCGGCCUACGCCUUCUCGCUCAGGGACACGGGCGCCGCGCUCUCCGAGUUCGCGCACGGGGAGGGCGUGCCCCCGCCGCCGCCCGGGGCCGCGUCGGGUGGGAUCGGCGCGGCUGCGGCCGGAGUGGCGGGUCCCUCGGCGGCGGGGCCCGACGCGAUAAUGCCACCGCCGCCGCCCCUUGACUCGCUGCCCCCGCCGCCGCCGCCUCUGCCCGAGUUCUCGCCGUCGCCGGCGAAGAUCCAUCGGUCCAUCAGCAUGCCGCUGCCGCCUUCGACGGCCGCAAAGGGUCCUGCCGUGCUGCACAGCGACUCCAUUAGGGAGGAGGACGAGGACGAGGUGGAGAGGGAGGAUGAAGAGGAGGAAGAGGAUGGGCACCUCGACGACCGGCGGCGGCAGCUGCUGCGCCACCGCCUGCCGGUUCCGCCGCCCGUGUCGCCGCCUCCGCCGGAGACGCCGGUGACUCCUCAGCCCCCGCCUCCUCCUCCGCCCCCGCUGGUGCCGAGGCCCGGCAUCGACACUUGGGACUAUUUCUUCUCCAUGGACGAGGGAAUGGCCUCCAUCGCCCCCGACGAUGACGAGAUCGUGGCGGAGCCGGAAGAGGAGAAGUACGUCCCGGCAUCGCCACCGCGGCCGCCUCCCUCCCCUCCUCCACCAGCUCCAGUGCCUCUGUCGGAGGAGUUUGAGGAGGAGCCGCGGACGCCGGAGAUGGUCACGCCGCCUCCGUCGCUGCCGCCAAAGCCCCCGAUGCAUUCGUCCAAGAAGAAGAAGGGGAAAGGGAAGCUGAAGGGGGCGCACCAUCAGCACACAGAGUCGGCGCCACCGAUAACGCUAGUCGCCGGUGGGAAGGCAGGGAAGGUGGUCCCCGCCGAGAUGCCCCGCGUGGACCUUCUCCGGGUGCUUGCGGAGAUCGACGAGAGGUUCUUGAAGGCGUCGGAGAGCGCCGGGGAGGUAUCCAAGGUGCUGGAGGCCAACAGGAUGCAUUACCACUCCAACUUCGCCGACAACCGAGGGCAUAUCGAUCAUUCUGCGAGAGUCAUGAAAAUAAUAACAUGGAAUAGAUCUUUCAAAAGCAUGCAAAAUGGUGAUGAUGGGAAGGAUGACUUUGAAAAUGAUGAAUUGGAGACCUUGGCAACUGUAGUCGAUAAAAUCUUAGCAUGGGAGAAAAAGCUCUAUGAUGAAGUGAAGGCUGGUGAGCUUAUGAAGCUUGAGUAUCAGCGGAAGGUUGCUUUGUUAAAUAGACAAAAGAAACACAAUGCUGCUAUUGAGGUCCUGGAGAAAACAAAAGCUGCUGUAACCCACUUGCAUACGAGAUACAUAGUUGAUAUGCAAUCAAUGGAUUCAACCGUGUCAGAAAUUCAGCAUCUCCGUGAUAAACAACUUUACCCAAGACUAUUGGAUCUUGCUGACAGGAUGGCAAAAAUGUGGGAGGACAUGCACAUACAUCAUGCAAACCAGCUGAAAACUGUUUUAAAUCUGAAGUCAGUUGACAUUUCUGAUUCCAAUAUUGAAACAAGUGAUUAUCAUCACAGCCACACACGUCAGCUACGUAAUAUUGUAGAAAAAUGGAACACAAACUUUAGUGACCUCAUGAGUCAUCAAAAGGAAUACAUAAAUGCUCUCUAUAGCUGGUUGAAGCUGAACCUUGUACCCAUAGAGAGCAGCUUAAAGGAGAAGGUAGCAUCACCACCCAGGAUGCAGCAACCUCAUAUUAAAGCCGUUCUUCAAGCGUGGAAUGAGCACCUAACUAAGCUGCCUGAUGAUCUUGCCAAGACUGCCAUUGUCAGUUUCCGAGCAGUACUUGACACCAUAUUAGGUGUUCAAGACGAGGAGUUGAAACAGAAGGAGAUCUGCGAGCAAACUCGCAGGGAAUACUCGCGGAAGGCUCGGGCUUUUGAGGAUUGGUAUCACAAACAUUCACAGCGCAGAUCAUUCGAUGUUGAUCCAGAGAGCAGUGAGGGAACAGGCCACAAGGAUGCAGUUACAGAAAGGAAAUUCGCGGUGGAGAGUUUAAAGAGCAAGCUCGACGAUGAGAUUGAAACCCACAAUAAGUUAUCAAAGCAGGUCAGGGAAAAAUCCCUUUCGAUCCUGAAGGCGCACCUGCCAGAGCUAUUCCGAGGGCUGGCCGACUUCUCUAAUGCUACUUUCGAUAUGUACUCGAAGCUGAGGUUGAUGUCGUUGAUGCAAGACCAGGGCAACAACUAGCUCAUGCAUAUGUACAGGAGUUAGGAAGUAAUACCCCCCCCCCCCCCUCUUCAAAUGUUGUAACGCUUAUGCUGUUAACCUGCCUCUUUGCGGUAUGUGUAGCUCUUUAGAUGAGGACAGUUAGGGAUGGCGGCUGUUCUUUAUUUAUUUUUGAAUUCUUCAGGCAUGGAUCGUUGGCUUGCUGAAGUUAGGUAUAUAGCCUGUGGUGAUGGCAGAAGAAAGCCUGUCCAUGGCAAAUUUUGUUGUGAUAUUCUCCGAUCUGCAGUUUUCU